AUGGCUGUACCCACCCCACUGCCCCCCAGCCUGCGCCGAGGCUUGGUGGCCUUCAGUGGCUCCCUCUUCAUCAACAACAAGACGUGGGACAGCAGCACUGCCCACGGCUACCAGCCAGCUCAAAAGGUGCUGUCCAGCCUGCCCCUCCAGGUGAUGCUCUACUUCAACGUCUACUACUUCCCAGUCUGGUGCCUGGCUGAGGGAAUUAUGCUGCACCUGAAGUACCACCUGCUGCCUUGGCACUAUCAGUUCCUGCUGGUCACAGCCUUCCUUAUCCUCUCGCUGGCUGAGGGCUCCCGCCUCUACUUGGGCUACCUGGGGAACCUCCAGGAGAAGGUGCCUGAGCUGGCUGGGUUCCUGCUCCUCUCCUUCCUGAUCCAGCUGCCCCUCCUGCUCUUCCUGCUGAUGGACAGGCAGGUCAUCCACCUACCGCUGGAGGUGCCCAUGCACAGCUUGUUCCUGACCUUCCUCCUCCCCGAGAUCGUGGCUGCCUUCCUGGCACUGAGGACCAUGACCAAGCAUCUGGCGGCACAGUUCUACCUGCGGCAGUUCCAGGAGGGUGCGAGGGGCCAGCUGGAGCCAGAGGGCACAGGGGGACAGGCAGCCAAGAUGGGAUGAUGCUGCAUGACCCCUCCACCCCACACAGCUGAUCCUGGCAAGGAGCAUUAAACAGUGCUUGAACCCACA